UCCACUCUAAAUAUCUUAUCAAACUUCAUGAUUUUUUAAAUAUUUUUUCCUAUUAUGUAUUGUAUCUAUAUUUUUCGCUCCACAAUCUUCUUUUUCUUGCUAGGUAUGAAAUGGAUUUGUGGUGACCACAAAUAAUUUUUGAUUCGGAAUCCAUCAUCAUGUGUUUGUUAUAAGGCCUAGUAGGCAAAAGAAAUGGGGCAUCAUAAAACUGAACCAUACGGUUCUUAAUUGAUCAGAAUUAAGGCACUCCUUGCCUUAUCAGGCACACUACAGGGACUAGACACUGUUACAAGUUUCAAGAAACGAGAAAGGAGCUCUAAAAACCACAUUUUUCUUGCCAUUUAGUACUCCAUGAAUGCAGAACCAGAAAUGACAGCAGACUCCUUAAUAAAUGACCCCAUAUUUGAGUCAUAGCUGAGUUUCCUUUGUCAAUACGUGUUCUCUGUCCUCUCAGUUUUAGCCUUUGACCACUUGCCACGCCACGUUGCGUCUUCAGCUCCAUCAUCACUCUUUUGGAAAUUUAAGGACAAAUUUUGCAUUAUAUAUAGUAGUUGUCACUUGCUUGUUUUCUCAUUUCUGGUUGGGUUUUAGACUCUUUUCUAUUUUUUCCUAGCAUAAUCUUUCUCGUUCUGAAGUGUUGAAGGGUAAAAGGAAAAUGAGUUAUUUGGGGUUGGGUGUUAGCCCUGGAACUAUGCCAGUGUAUCAUGGAACAAAACUCAGAGUGUUGGAUAGGAGGGUGAGGAUAGCAGAGGUGGUGUUAAGGGGUGUGAGCCUUGGCCUAGGAGUUCUUUCAAUUGUUCUUGUGGUCACUGAUACACAAGUCAAAGAGUUUUUCUCCUUUCAGAAGAAAGCUAAAUUUACUGACAUGAAGGCUUUAGUGUUCUUGGUAGUUGCCAAUGGACUAACUGUUGGCUACUCCUUAAUCCAAGGAUUGCGCUGUGUUGUGAGUAUGGUUAGAGGAAAUGUACUCUUCAGCAAGCCCUUAGCAUGGCUCAUUUUCUCUGGUGAUCAGGUGAUGGCAUAUGUGACAGUGGCUGCAGUGGCAGCUGCAAUGCAAUCUGGAUUGCUUGGAAGGUUGGGGCAAGCAGAAUUUCAGUGGAUGAAGUUGUGCAACAUGUAUGGGAAAUUCUGCAACCAAAUGGGAGAAGGGAUAGCUAGUGCUUUUGUGGUUAGCCUUAGUAUGGUGCUUCUCUCAUCUAUUUCUGCUUUUAGUCUCUUCCGUUUGUAUGGCACCAACAAAAACAAAAAUGCAGCAACUUGGUAGGUACCAAUGAACAUGGACAUGGACAUGGUUUCUCCAAGUUAGAGUAUAGGCUCAAAAGAAUACUAGACAAGUAACAUGUCAGUGUGUGUUUGAUUUCGGAGUAAUAAAUAUUAGAAUUAAUUGCAUUUCCUAUUAAACUGAUCUAGUAAAGACAGAUGUUUAAUUAUUACAUUAGAUAAGCCUUAUAUUA